GCUCAUCCUGUCAUGUGACUGUGGCUCAUGUGACUGUUGUGGAGUGUUGUGUAGUGAGUGGGGAGAUGAGGGUGGAUGGAUGAGGUGAGGUGAGGAGUGCUGAGUGUCAGUACCGGGUAAGGAAUGCCUUCCAAUAAGUCAGUGUCUGAUGCCCCCAUCACCCAGUUCAGGAACUGCAGGAUCCUCAGGGAGCACCGACUGCAGUGGGAGAAUCUAUGGGUGCGGCAGGGGAGGAUCCUCAACCCCAAAAAACUUUUCUUUGAUGAGAAAGGGGCAGCUGAUGUCAAGGUGGACUGUCAUGGGAGAAUCCUUGCACCCGGAUUUAUUGACACACAGAUCAAUGGUGGGUUCGGUGUGGAUUUUUCCCAGGAAUCAGAUAAUGUAAAACAAGGGAUUUCUCUGGUUGCUCGUAACAUCCUGCCACAUGGAGUGACUUCUUUCUGUCCGACCCUGGUGACAUCGCCGAAAUCGCUUUACCACAAGGUGCUUCCUCAGAUGACUGUGAAUGACGGAGGACCACAUGGAGCUGGAGUGCUGGGCAUGCACCUGGAAGGUCCAUACAUCAGUUUGGAGAAGAAGGGAGCCCAUCCAGAGCAUUGUCUACGGUCGUACAAUGAAAGAGGAUUCUCAGAAGUUAUGGACACCUACGGGACCUUAGAUGGGGUCAGCAUUGUGACUCUGGCCCCAGAAAUGGAAAGGAGUAAAGAGGUGAUCGAGGAACUGGUGAAUCGUGGAAUAUGUGUCUCCUUAGGUCACUCGGUGGCUAAUUUAUCUCAGGCCGAAGAUGCUGUGAAUCAAGGUGCUUCGUUUAUUACUCAUCUCUUCAAUGCCAUGCUGCCAUUCCACCACCGCGAUCCCGGCAUUGUGGGGCUCUUGACCAGUGAUCGCAUUCCAGCUGGGAGGACAGUUUAUUAUGGGAUGAUUGCAGAUGGAAUACACACAAACCCUGCUGCACUGAGGAUUGCACACCGCGCACACCCCAAUGGCCUGGUUCUGGUGACAGACGCCAUCACAGCCAUGGGUCUAGGACCUGGUAAACACACUCUGGGCCAGCAGGAAAUCCUCAUUGAUGGGUUAAAUGCCUAUGUGGCUGGGACACAUACGCUGGCAGGCAGCAUUGCUACAAUGGACAUGUGUGUAAGGCACUUUCAUGAAGCCACAGGUUGUACAGUGGAGGAAGCACUAGAAGCCGCCUCUCUUCAUCCAGCACAACUCCUGGGCCUACAGAACCGCAAGGGGACUUUGGAUUUUGGAGCAGAUGCAGAUUUUGUUUUACUCGAUGAUAGCUUGAAUGUGGAAGCAACCUACAUAGCAGGAGAGGCUGUAUGGAUGAAUCCGGCUUUAACAUAAGAUGAGGCAGUGUGAGGACUUACCUGAGGAACUGCUUUAUUUUCAUCCAUCCUGCUAGAGUGCCUUAUUUCCUGGCUGCUGAUCAGGAGAUGACUCCUAUUCUUUUGUGCAUGACCAUACAGCAGCCACAAGAUGUCGCCAGAGUGCCAGCUAUCGGUCAUGGAAAAGAGCCAUCGAUCUUCUCUGUUAUAUCGUGAUCAGUGGAUAGACGGGACAAUCUGGUUAUCUGUGAGAAAAGACAGUUAGUUGCAAAUAAAAUAUACCUGAAAUAUUAGUUUUGGGUUGCUAUA